AUGCCAUUCAAUACCGAACUUACGAGGAAACUCGGGAUCAAGAUCCCCGUCGUGCAAGGCGGCAUGAUGCACGUUGGUUACGCCUCACUCGCAUCCGCCGUGUCUAAUGCCGGUGGCUUGGGUCUCAUUACGGCCCUCAUCUUCCCGACGCCAGAGGGCUUGCGGGAGGAGAUCCGCAAGUGCAGGACUAUGACCGACAAGCCCUUCGGCGUCAACCUGACCCUAUUGCCGUCCAUGGUCCCGCCAGACUACCCCGCCUACGUCCGCGUUGUGGUCGAGGAGGGCAUCAAAGUUGUCGAGACGGCUGGUAACAGCCCUGGUCCCGUUAUUGCUGCCCUCAAGAAGGCUGGCAUCAUUGUGCUUCACAAGUGCACCUCCAUCAGGCAUGCCGAGAGUGCGGUCAAGAUGGGAGUGGAUUUUUUGUCGAUCGAUGGCUUUGAGUGUGCUGGGCACGUCGGUGAGUCGGACAUUACAAACUUCAUCCUGCUCAGCCGUGCCCGCCAGAAGCUCAAGGUUCCGUUUAUUGCCUCGGGCGGCUUUGCCGACGGCCAAGGCCUCGCGGCCGCCCUGUGCCUGGGCGCUAGCGGCAUCAACAUGGGCACCCGCUUCAUGUGCACCGUCGAGGCCCCAAUCCACAACAACAUCAAGGAGACAAUUGUUGGUGCCAGCGAGCACGAUACCGCAUUGGUUCUGCGCAGCUUCCGUAACACCACUCGUCUUUACCGCAAUAAGGUCACCGAGGAGGCCAUCAAGGCCGAGAAAAGCGCCAAUGGCGAUUUUUCCCAUCUCGCGCCUCUGGUGAGCGGCCAGCGUGGUAAGCAGGUAUUUGUCAACGGUGACCCAGACUACGGAGUUUGGACUGCCGGCCAAGUCAUUGGCUUAAUCCACGAUAUCCCGACUUGCGAUGUUCUCCUGAAGAGGAUCGAGAAAGAGGCAGAGGACUCCCUCAAGGAGAAGUUGAGCAUGAUAAACUUGGAAAGCAAGUUGUAG